CCAACGCCUUCUCGUCGUCAUCGCUCAUAGGGAGGCGAGCUUUCGACAGUCUCUUGCCCAUCAGAUCUCGUCGAUCACCGGUGCAGCCUGUUCUCGAAAGAGCCUGAGGUACAGAGCACGCAAGGACUCACCCGCACGGGGUCGAUUGAGAGGACACGGGAGCAAGGAUGCCGUCGGACUUGGCCUAUUGGCUUGUUGCCGUGCCGCUGCAGGACCAUGACCCGCACCGAAUGAUGUCCGAGCUGAGCAGCACGCUCCUCAAAGAUGGCGGGGCUGCUUUGUCGGAGCUCGGUCAGCUGACGUUGCCGCCACUCAAGACGGGCACCUUGGAGUCUCUCAUUGGCUUGUCCGACGAGCUGCCUCGACACGAUGCAGCCUUCACCCAGGUCGUAGCCAAGAUUGUCGACACUCUCCGGGCGCUCCUCAACAACGAUGCAGAAGCGCUUGCGCAGCAUGUCCUCAUCCAGGAGAAGCCCAUUGACGACUACAUGCUUGGGUGGAGCUGGAACGGUUCAAAGUACAGGACAGAGAGGAGCCUCGGUGAGCUCAUCGAGACUCUCAGCAAGGAGAUGUCGUCAAUCGACAACGUGAUGAAGCAGAAGCUCAACAACUACAACCUCGCAAAGGGCCAACUCCAACAGCUCCAACGGAAAAAGACCGGAAACCUCUCUGUCCGGUCCUUGGCUGAUGUCGUGCACAAAGACGACUUUGCCGAUUCCGGUUCCGAGUACCUAGAGACGCUCUUGGUCGCUGUACCCAAGAACAGCAUCAAGGAAUGGACAGCAAAGUACGAGAGGCUGACGCCAAUGGUUGUCCCUCGCUCUUCUCGCAAACUUGCUCAAGACGAUGAAUAUGCCCUCUUCAACGUGACACUAUUCAAGAAGUCGCACGAUGAUUUUGUCCAAAAGGCACGGGAGGCGAAGUUCCAAGUCCGGACCGACUUCACCUGGGACGACGACCUCGUCGAGCGGCAGCGAGCCGAGCUGGAAGAGGCAGGCGCCUCGGAGAAGGAGCUCUGGACGGAGCUGCUCCGACUCGCUCGAACAAAUUUUAGCGAGGCAUACCAGGCUCUGGCUCAUCUGAAGGUCAUUAGGACAUUUGUUGAGGCCGUCCUCAGGUUCGGGCUUCCGGCAGAAUAUUUUGGCGCGGCGAUCCGGCCCAACCCAAAGCGGACAAAGGCGCUGCUUUCAUCGUUGCAAUCACAUUACGCAUACCUCGACAAUUUCGACAAGCAACAAUCCAAGAAAGGCAGCAAGGAUUCAGCGGCUCAGGGUGGCGAGGCACCGGGAGAGUACGCAGCGCUGCUCGAGCAGGAGCAGUGGCCAUUCAUCCUCACCGAGCAGUUUCAGGUCGCCGUCUAAUGUGUCAUUCCUUUGUCCCUACGCGCUCGCUCUUGCAAUG